AUGGGCACAAGAUUUACUCUAGCAUCACUGCCAUUUCUGCGCAGUAGGCAGUCUCUCGAUGAUCUUACGAUAACCUUUCGAUUCGUUCGAGUAUCUUUAGUCGAUCUGGUUGAGAACGCAUCCAUCGAACGCACACUCUCUUCGGGUGAUUCGCAUUUCUGGAUGAUUGCGUUCGGUGUGGUUGCGGUGAUACUCUCGCGUUUGUUUAUCGCUCUGACCGAAGAGGUUCAACGUCGAAGUGGUUUUUAG